UUGAUUGUGAUCCAAAGAAACUCUGGCAUUGGAAGUCAAAGUGACCCUACUUUUAGUCACCUUGGGUCCAUGGAACUCAAGGUUGUAAUAUCACAUGUGAAAGAGCUGAGUUCUAAGCACUGGACAAAAUUCAAGCUUUGCCAGCAUGUAAGCAACUUCUUGCCAAGAACCCAGGUCACUGCUGAGAAGGGAGCCUUAGGGAGAAGAAUAUCCAGAGGAAACCAAUGCCAGGAGCGUCUGGAAUUACACUCACCACAGGCAGCAUGAGACAUUCUGUGCCAGCGUCUCUGUUCUACUGGCAAAGACUGUAGCUGUCCAGGUAGGAGGGUCCUGGAAGCAUCACGCACCAGGAGCCUUUCUAGAGGAAGAAUGGGGCCAGAUAUGAACUCUCUACAAUGAGCACAAUUUUCAUCGUAUGAAGGAAUUUUAACUAAUACAAUUAUUUAAUUUCCACAUAUUCAAGUUUAGUAGCCUUCUGUGUGCAGUGCCAGCAGUCACUCCCCCUCUACAGGAGUUAUCAGGAUAUUUCUGGCACCAAGUUGAACUCUUCUUGGUACUUCUGGCAAUGACAGAUCUUCGGGACAGAUUUAUGUGCUAAAUGCUGUGGGCAGGAAGAAAAGUACAACUCUGGAAGCAGUGUAAGGAUAGCAGAGUGGAGAUCCCUCCCUCGCGUCUCACUGCCACAGAAAGUCAGCCUGGACGCGCAUGCUCAUACUGAAGAUUGAUCGUGUCUCAUUCACCUCCAAAGUCUAUCGGUUCCAGGGAGAUCGGGUUCGGCUCCUGUGGCCCUUAUUACUAUCAUUCUACUCCCAAGCUUUCUACCGAGGCCAGUGAAUGAUGUGAACUUUGAAAUGGAAGUUUGUUUUCUGUUGGGAACUUGCUUCCUUUCCCACGCUGGUGCUAUCUGAGAGGACCAUCUGAAGGCUGUGCUUUGUUCUUGGGGAGGAGGGCAUUGGCCAUGCCUGGAUCCUCCACCAUGUUCCUGUUGCUGCCUUUUGAUAGCCUGAUUGUCAACCUUCUGGGCAUCUCCCUGACUGUCCUCUUCACCCUUCUUCUUGUUUUCAUCAUAGUCCCUGCUAUUUUUGGAGUCUCCUUUGGUAUUCGAAAGCUCUACAUGAAAACUUUGUUAAAAAUUUUUGCGUGGGCGACCUUGAGAAUGGAGAGAGGAGCCAAAGAGAAGAACCACCAACUCUAUAAGCCCUAUACCAAUGGAAUUAUUGCAAAAGAUUGUACUUCGUUAGAAGAAGAGAUCAAAGAAAUUCGUCGAAGUGGUAGCAGUAAGGCUCUGGAUAAUACUCCAGAGUUUGAGCUUUCUGACAUUUUCUACUUUUGCCGGAAAGGAAUGGAGACCAUUAUGGAUGAUGAGGUGACAAAGAGAUUCUCAGCGGAGGAGUUGGAGUCUUGGAACCUGCUGAGCAGAACCAAUUACAACUUCCAGUACAUCAGCCUCCGGCUCACUGUCCUAUGGGGCUUAGGAGUGCUGAUUCGGUAUUGUUUCCUCCUGCCUCUCAGGAUAGCUCUUGCUUUCACAGGGAUUAGCCUCCUGGUGGUGGGCACAACCAUGGUGGGGUACUUGCCAAACGGAAGGUUUAAGGAGUUCCUGAGUAAACACGUUCACUUAAUGUGUUACCGGAUCUGUGUGCGAGCCCUGACAGCCAUCAUUACCUAUCACGACAGGAUAAACAGGCCUAGAAAUGGUGGCAUCUGUGUGGCCAAUCAUACCUCUCCUAUUGACGUCAUUAUUUUGGCCAGUGACGGUUAUUAUGCCAUGGUGGGUCAAGUGCACGGGGGACUCAUGGGUGUGAUUCAGAGAGCCAUGGUGAAGGCCUGCCCUCACGUCUGGUUUGAGCGGUCUGAAGUGAAAGAUCGCCACCUAGUGGCUAAAAGACUGACCGAGCAUGUGCAGGAUAAAAGCAAGCUACCUAUCCUCAUCUUCCCAGAAGGAACCUGCAUCAAUAAUACAUCGGUGAUGAUGUUCAAAAAGGGAAGUUUUGAAAUUGGAGCCACGGUUUACCCUGUUGCUAUCAAGUAUGACCCUCAAUUUGGUGAUGCCUUCUGGAAUAGCAGCAAGUAUGGGAUGGUGACGUAUCUGCUGAGAAUGAUGACCAGCUGGGCCAUUGUCUGCAGUGUUUGGUACCUGCCUCCCAUGACCAGAGAGACAGAUGAAGAUGCCGUCCAGUUUGCAAACAGGGUGAAAUCUGCCAUUGCCAGGCAGGGAGGACUCGUGGACCUGCUGUGGGAUGGCGGCCUGAAGAGGGAGAAGGUGAAGGAUGCUUUCAAAGAGGAGCAGCAGAAGCUCUACAGCAAGAUGAUUGUCGGGAACCAUGAGGACAGGAGCCGGUCCUGAGCCCUCGCCUGGCGCUGGCUGGAGCUCCGUGCCCAAAUCCUGACGGGAGCCAGCUGGGGUCAUUGCCGCCGCUGCCACCACUGCGCAUUCCUUCCAGACUGCGGGUCUUCGCGCUGCUCUGGAUCCCAGGCGCCAGCUGCUUCAGAGCUGCCUGGAUCUCUGAAAGUCUGUUGGAGGAAUGAAUGUCAUUAAAGUCAAUUCUCCACCGGUGCACACUUGGGCUGUGUGGUGGGGGAGACUCGGCCGCAUUCCCGUGUUCGGGCUGGUAGGACGUUAGUCUGUUACAGACACCCACUUGCCAGGGACUUGGCUGGAGGAAGGGCCACCCACUCGUGAGGAGCGGUGCUGCAAGGCAGUGUGGCCUGCCGACCUAAACAUCACCCCCAGCCUUGGAGCUUUGCAGACUUGAUAAAAAGAAAACUUGUCUGCAGUGGCUUUCAGCAAAAUGAAGUUUUAAUUCUCAUGCAGUCACCAAAGGGGAUGGGAAGAGGCAAGGUGGAUCAGUGACUAGUGUGUGGUGGGAACCAAGAGUCAUUUCACGUUCAAACUCCAAAGCUCAUCCUAAACUCCCAUGUGACUUGCUCUUUGUUAACAUGUGCCUCAGUUUCCCCAUCUGUAACCUGGGUUAGGAGGGGGAAGGGUAGUGAUACCUACCUCACAGGGUUGUUGUGGGGAUUGAAGUGCUGCUGUGCGUGAAGGACAGUGGAGCUCAGUGUUAUGAGGACAGGUCCCCGAGAUGCAGCAGGACAAGGUCAGAGUUCAGAGCUGCUGCCCAGGGCUUCAGAAUUGUUUUGUGAGUAAAUAAAAUUAUCUCUGACAGUGAA